ACCCACUGUUCCUAGACCAGUUAACCCACUGUUCCUAGGCCGUCAUUAAAAAUAAGAAUUUGUUCCUAACUGACUUGCCUAGUAAAAUAAAGGUUAAAAAAAAUAAAAUACAAAAUAGGAUGUUGAGAAAAUAACAAAUGAAAUAGUCAGAUAGUCAGAUAUUAUUCUCAGCAGGGUUUUUGUCCGAUUAGUCUUUAAUCUGAUACUAUAUUAUUAUUGUAUAAUACCAAACUAAUAUGUUAAUAGGCUAUACAAAAUAGCACGAUAUAGCACAACAUUAUGUGCUUAUCUUUAAUAGGGGGUGUGCGUAAAACGUUUUUUCUUUGGGAAUGUUUGGACAUAACUUUCUCUGGUUCGAAGACAAUGAAAAUAUGAAAGGUUGAAACAUUUUGACGGAAGAUGAAAGAGGUUACAUACUAGGAUGGAAAGCGUCCCAUAGCAUUAGUUUUAAGGAAUAAUAUCUACAUAAUUUACGUUAUUUUGCGCCAUAGAAACAUUUGCUUUUGUUAAUCAGCCCCAAUAUGUAGAAGUUGUUCUGGUUCAUUCCAGCCACUGCGUGUUUUGUUGUGAGUAUCAUUGGUAAUGCUUAUUACCCUGUAACGUAUGUGUAGAUAUCCCUCGUUAAAUGUGUGUUUUACCUCAUUUGGGAUAAUUAUUUGGGGGAUUUACUGGCCUAUGCUAACAGGGACAGAUACUUUCAAUGGUAUUUUUCAAUUGUAUUUUUCUCAAUUGAGUUCAGCCUCUCCCUUGUCACGGGCCAACAUUUAUAUCAGAAAUUGCGUACUAAUCAUAUAAAAUAAUCAUAAUUUGCUUUUAAAACGAGACGUUGUCACGUUUUAAGACAAGAGACCCGCGAGCAUUUAAUAGUCAAAGGGAUUGAUUUAUUAUUUAUUGUUCAGACUUUGUGAUCACGUGCGCGCAUCACCCAAUCGAAUGGCAGCCCUGCGUCCGAACUAUUAGUAGACUGUAGUUCUUAGUGGUGCCAAGUUGCUACUUGAUUUCUUCAGAUUUUUAUCUUGUGAGAGUGGGGUUUAGUGCGUGUGUAUGUGUAUGUGUGUGUGGUGUGUGUGUCGCGCUUGUAUUUGUAAGUAUCAGUGUAUGUGUGUGUGGUGUGUGUGGUGUGUGUGUCGCGCUUGUAUUUGUAAGUAUCAGUGUAUGUGUGUGUGGUGUGUGUGGUGUGUGUGUCGCGCUUGUAUUUGUAAGUAUCAGUGUAUGUGUGCGUACAUGUGAAAGUCUCUUUUGCCAUGUCGACAUCUGGAACGUUGACUAGCUACUACGUCGACUCCCUCAUCUUGCCUGAGAGUGAGGCGCUCUCCGCGCCUAGAUACUCCUCCGGCCCGGGGGGGCUCCAGCACGCGAGGCAGCCCACAUCGAUCACCGAUCACACUGAGCUUGGGCCCUGCACCUUCCCGACGAAAGCCCCGGUCUUCAGCCCGUCCUGGGGCCAUGUACCGACCCAGUUUCCAGCCGCCGUGUCGUCGGUGUACCACCACCCUUACGGGAAUCACCUAAGCCCGGCUCCAGGCGACCUGGAGGGUCGCUACAUGCAGUCCUGGCUGCUGGAGCCCAUGUCAGGGUCCUUGCCUUUAACUGGAUUACCAACGAGUCACCACUACGGGAUCAAAUCCGAGAGCCUGGAUGCGGGAGCGGACAGCGUGCUGCCUGGAUCCCACACGGCGCUGCUCCUGUCCGAUUUCGCCGAAGGAACGGCGGCGACUGCAUCCCCGGUGGACAAGGACACACUACCAGGCCAGCCCGGGGACCUGAACGAGGAGAAACCGGCCCUUGAUCCAAAUAACCCGGUAUCCAACUGGCUCCACGCUAGCGCCACGAGAAAAAAGCGCUGUCCAUACACCAAGCACCAGAUCCUCGAGCUGGAGAAAGAGUUCCUCUUUAACACGUACCUCACGCGGGACCGUAGGUUCGAGGUCGCGAGGCAGCUCAACCUUACGGAGAGACAAGUCAAAAUCUGGUUUCAGAACCGCAGAAUGAAGAUGAAGAAAUGUAAUAAAGAUGGUGGACCGAAAGAUGAUUUCUAGGUAUGAUUGAUUGAAUGAGAACGUAAAAACAUAUCCGAAAUAAGAGGGGUAUCUGUGAAAAGGCUCUUUCUCUGCUGGACUGCAUUUUUAUAGUCGUUGUUUCAUUGUUUUAUCCCUAACAGAAGCUGUUAUGUGUCUUGUAAAAAGCAUGUCCGGCUCUACUCGUAGUUUUGAUGCAACUAACUACCUUUAUAUUGCACAAUUUAGCAGUGCGCAUUCUUUUUUGUUAUUGUUAUUAGGAUGUUAAUGAAUGAAUUAAAGCCUCGGCUGUGAGGGCAUAUGUGCAAGGCAUGUACUCUAUUGAUAGGCCUGUUCUCUGUGCUCGUUUGUGUGUGGAUGUGAGUAGCUAUGUGUGUGUUCUCCGGUUUGUAGAUAUAGGCCUAUGUGUAUUUCAGGUUAAACUGAAUUUAGUUUCAAAUGUUUUUGUUGUUGUCGUUAUUUCAACUAUUGGUCGAUUUGAGUUGGAGGGAUAGGCUAACGUAAUGGUGUCAUUUUGAAGCGGGUGCAUGACCAUCAAAAAGCCUCUUUAAAAUGCAUAUUGGCCUGUUGAUAAUGUUACUAGAAGCUACAUACAAUGAUAUUGUCUCUCAACUACCUAUAAUUGCAAGAACCUCAUUUCAUUUUAACAGGACUUUUCGUUGUGAAGAGACAGAAUGCUUGUAUAGAUUGUAAACUACGUCUGAAUUUCAGGGAGUAACAUUUGAGAGGACAUAUUUGUUAGAAAGGAGAGAGACUAAAUAAACAGAAACACUGUAUGCUACCUAAUGAAUACCUCAUGGUCUGGGGACUUUCAGAUUUUUGGUUCUCAAAUGUAAUUUGUACUAUUUAUUGAAUAAAACAAAUUAUAUCUGCGAAUGCA